UGUUUUUUUGAUGAUGAUGAUUUGGAUGAUGUUGAUGAUGAUGAAUAUUUGCAUGAUGUUGAUUACGAUGAAGAUGAUGAUGACGCUGAUGAUAAUGAUUUGGAUGUUGAUGAUGAUGAUGAUGAUGAUAUUGUAUUGGAUGAUGAAGAUGAUGAACUUGAUGAUGAUUUGGAUGAUGAUUUGGAUGAUGAUGAUGAUUUGCAUGAUAAUUAUGGUGAUGAUGAUUUGGGUGAUGAUGAUGAUGAUGAUUUGGAUGAUGAUCAUGAUGAUGAUGAUGAUUUGGAUGAUGAUGAUGAUGAUGAUUUCUUUCAUGAUGAUGAUGAUGUUUAUCAUAAUGGUGAUGAUGAUUUUGAUGAUGAUGAUGAUGAUGUUGAUGAUAAUAAUUUAGAUGAUGUUGCACAUAAUGGUUUGGAUGAUGGCGAUGAUGGUGAUGAUGUUGAUGAUUUUGCUGAUGAACAUUUGGAUGAUGAUGAUAAUGCUGAUAAUGAUUUUGAUGAUGGUGAUUUGGCUGAUGAGGAUGAUGAUGAUGAUGAUUUGGAUGAUGAUGAUGACGAUAAUGAUGAUAAAGUUGAUGACGUUUAUGAAGAUGAUUCGGAUGAUGAUGAUGAUUUGGAAGAUGAUGAUGGUGAUGAUGAUUUGGAUGAUGUUGAUUUGAUUGUUGAUGAUAUUGAUGAUAAUGAUUUGGAUGAUGAUGAUGGUGAUGAUGGUGAUUAUGAUUUGGAUGAUGUUGAUUUGUACGAUGAUGAUGCUGAUGAUAAUAAUUUGGUGAUGAUGAUUAAGAUGAUAUGGAUGAUGGCGAUGAUGGAUGAUGAUGAUGAUUUGGUUGCUGUUGAUGAUGAUGAUUAUGAUAUUGAGGAUGAUGGUGUGGAUGAUGAUGAUGAUUAG